AUGGUCUUCCCAAAUUCUAAUCCAGUUAUUCUACUUGCAGAACCUCAAGAUACGCCUCGCUUAGCCGAUAUCACCACCCGCGCCUUCAAAGCAAGCGAUGCAAUAUACCCUGUUAUAUUGGGAAGUACUGCUCUGGGUAUUUGUGAUGCCGCUAAUCUGAUGUUAUUCAAUCCAUUGUAGAAUUAUAUACAAAUUAUAUGGAAAAGAAAAAAUUGAUAGGAAUAUCAUAGGAUAUACUCAAUGGCUUUGGCCAGUUGACUUGAAAACGGUACUGUUUAAAGCUGACACCGAGGUUGAUGGUAAAAGAGAGAAACAAAAAGCUGAUAUUGAGAAAUUUGAUGGAAGUGCCACAGUUCAGACCAAGCAGAAGAUAGAUGAGGGGUGGAAAACACCUGCCGGAAUAAAUUUUGAUCUAUUUAUGCGGAAGGUCAAGGGUCCAAUAGAAUGUAAGCAACGCGAUUAUGAUGCGGAAAGAGACAUAAGUAAGGCUAUAUUUUUAUCUCUCUUCACUACUCCUUUCCCAUUUUUUUAAGUACAGUGCUUAUAAUCUAGUUCUCGAUCUUUGUUUUGUGGAUCCAAAAUACCAGAAAUUAGGAAUAGGAAAUAUGCUGUUGCAAUGGGGACUUGACAUAGUACACAAGCAAGGCAGGAAAAUAUGUUUGGUCAGCACGCCGCAAGCUCGGAAGUUCUACGAAAAAGGUGAAUAGGUUGUAAGGGAGAACUUAGAUAUAGAUUUGGAGGCACAUGGAGGAAGUGGAAAAUAUGGGAGGUGUUGGAUAAUCAGGGAAGUU